GGUUCGAUGCGUCGAGGAAGUGGAGCGGACGAUGCGGCUGUGCCUCUACCUCCUCCGGUCUCCGAGAUCUGACCGGCGGCGGCCAUGAAGCGGCUCCCCGUCCUGGCCGUCCCCGUCCUCCUGCUCCUCGUCUCCCUCUCCUUCUUCCUCUUCCGGCCUACCACCCCGCCGGUCCUCAGCUCGCGGCAAGCCUUCGAGCCCGACCGCCGUCUCAGGGUCUACGUGGCGGACCUCCCCCGCGCGCUCAACUACGGUCUGCUCGACAGCUACUGGUCCCUCCGCGCCGCGGACUCCCGCAUCGAGGCCUCGUCCGACCCGGACCACCCGCCCCCGAACGACCACUCGCCGUACCCCGAGAACCCCCUCAUCAAGCAGUACAGCGCCGAGUACUGGCUCCUCGCCUCCCUCCGCGCGGCGGCGACGGCUGCCGUGAGGGUCGUCACGGACUGGAGGGAAGCCGAUGUCGUCUUUGUCCCCUUCUUCGCGACGCUGUCCGCGGAGAUGGAGCUCGGGUGGGGAACCAAGGGCGCCUUUCGCAAGAAGGACGGCAACGAGGACUACCGGCGGCAGCGGGAGGUCGUCGACCGCGUCACCUCCCACCCCGCGUGGCGGAGGUCCGGUGGCCGCGACCAUGUCUUCGUCAUGACAGACCCUGUGGCUAUGUGGCACGUCCGUGCUGAGAUUGCUCCCGCAAUUCUUUUGGUGGUUGAUUUUGGAGGAUGGUAUAAAGUUGACUCAAAGUCCGCAAACAGAAACUCGUCUCGUAUGAUACAGCACACCCAAGUGUCAUUGCUUAAGGAUGUUAUUGUGCCUUACACGCAUUUGCUUCCGACACUCCUCUUAUCAGAGAAUAAAGAUCGUCCCACCCUUCUCUACUUCAAGGGUGCAAAGCAUAGGCAUCGGGGUGGUUUAGUGCGAGAGAAAUUAUGGGAUUUGCUAGGUAAUGAGCCUGAUGUUAUCAUGGAAGAAGGCUUCCCUAAUGCCACCGGACGUGAACAAUCGAUAAAAGGGAUGCAGACAUCGGAAUUUUGCUUACACCCAGCUGGUGACACCCCAACUUCUUGUCGCCUCUUUGAUGCUAUUGCCAGUCUUUGCAUACCAGUCAUUGUUAGUGAUGAGGUUGAGCUCCCUUAUGAAGGGAUGAUAGACUACACAGAAUUCUCCAUUUUUGUGUCGGUUAGAAAUGCUAUGAGACCCAAAUGGCUAACAAGCUACUUGAGGAAUAUUCCCAAGCAGCAGAAGGAUGAGUUCCGAAAAAACUUGGCUCGUGUCCAACCUAUCUUUGAGUACAACACCAGUUACUCCAUAAGCAGAGGCUCUACCUCCAUUGAUGGUGCUGUGAGUCACAUAUGGAAGAAGAUUCAUCAGAAACUGCCAAUGAUUCAGGAGGCAAUCAUCAGGGAGAAGCGGAAGCCUGAUGGCGCGUCAAUCCCACUCCGUUGUCAUUGUACAUGAACUUGCCAUAGCUGCUGUGAUACCCCAUGGGAUGGCUUAUAAUGAGCAAUUACUCCAAGUUAAUUCCUUCUUUUUUUUGUUGUUUUUAUUGGUAGUUACAAAUAUGAGCAUGUAAAAAAAUGGCUUAUGUUUUUAACCCUUUUUUUAAAACCCUUCAGAAGUGGUUUUCCACGUUGUUCUAUGUGUCAUUCGAGUGUAUUUGCAUGUUUGGCAUUGGUGAUUCA